AUGGUUCACAUAGAGAUACAUGAUAUCGACGAAGUUACGACAAGCGAAGAGGUGUGCUUAGCUUUAAAUGGCCAGGGUGGGUCCACUAAAGGGCAAGUAUCCGAUAUCCGGUCGAUGCGAAAAGCAUACGGAGGCACACAGACCGCAACCUUACUCCUAUCCGAGAGCGCUGCUAAUAAGUUAGUGGCCCAAGGUAAAAUCAGAAUUGGCUGGGUUAUCUGCCGAAUAAGACAUAAAAUACAGCCAAAGCUCUGCUACAAAUGUUUUGAGUUCGGCCACAUAUCCAAGGGCUGUCGAAUUAGCGACGAUUUUGGUAAAUCGUGCUUCAAGUGCGAUCAAAGUGGGCACACGGCCAAACUAUGCACAAAUGCACCACGGUGCUUAUUAUGCGUAAAACGUGGCAGCAUUUCUACAAGCCACCAGGCAGGAGGCAACAAAUGCCCGGUAUAUCAACAGGCGCUAAGCAAAAUAAAGAGACCGUUAGUGUCCACUAUGGAUGGUGAUCCGUUGAGUGCUGUUGGCCCUGUAACGGAAGAAGAAACAACACUCGCAACAGCUAAAGUGGAACUAAAUAAAGCUCCUGGCCCCGAUGGUGUGCCCAACAUUAACGAAUGGAACUUUUCCUCAAAUCUGGAAGAGGCAAAAGCUUGUUUUAAUACCUACGCCGGGUAA